AACAUAAUAAACCUUUCAUGUAAAUGCAAAUUGACAAGAACACAACACAUAAAUAGACAGCAUCACAACCUAAACCCUUUUUAAGGAUAAUACCCGUAAUGAUAGCUUUGAAUCAACUCAGACAUGAGAGAUUGAUGGAGCUAAGGGUGUCUGGUCUGUGCUGUGGCGUUUAUGCAAAGUUCAUGAGACCUGGUUCACAUUUUUGUCCAAAUUCAAAAUCAGGAUCAUCAAUAUCAUCAUCCUCUGUAGAGGUGAAGCCCAAAAUUCCACUCUAUCUAAGGCCACCCUCCUUCUCCGCGUCUCUUUCAGAGCUGAAGAAAUGGCAUCGAUGGGCCAAAAACCUCGCUUCCUCUGUUGGCUCCUCUUUUGUUCGCUUAGACAAUGGCCCCGAUUCCACUCUCCUCCGCAGAGAGCUCAACUGGCUUCUACAAGACUUACUUGAACUCCAACACCAUCCAGUAAUACUAUCUCUACUGGAAUCGGAUAGCAAUGAGAAUGUGGAUACAAGUGUUGCUCUAAAAGCGCCUUUGGAGGAGCUGUAUUGUGCUUGGAGGCAGAGGAUUGAAGAGAGGAGACCCUUUCAGUACGUUGUAGGGUGCCAACAUUGGAGGGAUUUGGUGUUGAGCGUGCAAGAAGGGGUUCUGAUUCCUAGGCCUGAAACUGAAAUGAUUAUUGAUAUAGUGGAGCGUGUGGCGUUGAAAACUACCCCAAAAUUGGUGCACGGUUUAUGGGCUGAUUUGGGGACCGGUAGCGGUGCUAUUGCUAUUGCCACUGCAAGGGCUUUAGCAACUCAUGCUCAUGCUCAUGCUCAUGGCAGAGUGAUUGCCACUGAUUUAAGUCCGGUGGCAGUUGCUGUGGCCGGUUUUAAUGUGCAAAGAUAUGGUCUACAGGAUAUGGUUGAGGUGAGGAAAGGAUCUUGGUUUGAACCAUUAAAAGAUAUUCAAGGUAAACUUGCUGGUGUUGUGAGUAACCCACCAUACAUACCAAGUGGUGAUAUCCCUGGCCUACAAGCUGAAGUUGGUCAACAUGAACCAAAACUUGCAUUAGAUGGUGGUAUUACUGGAACCACUGAUCUUCUCCAUCUUAUUGAUGGAGCUGCUUCCAUGUUGAAACCUGGAGGAUUUUUCGCUUUUGAGACAAAUGGAGACAAGCAGUGCGAGUUUCUUCUGAACUAUAUUGAAAAUGAUAAGUCAGGCAGCUUCUGCAAUGUUCACCCAGUAUCCGAUUUUGAUGGCAUCCAACGUUUUGUGCUGGGAUUUCGUCAACGAAUGGUAUGAUCAGUAAAUGCAUCUGUUUAUUGGUCAUCAAGAACAGAAACAAGAAAAAAAAAGGCAGUAUUUUCAGGGAAGAACAGCUUUUCAACUUUUUCAGCCCUGAUUAAUCCCUGAUAACAGAGGAUGGCAGCGACUGGAAAAAAUCUAUUGUGACAAGAACUUCAAUGAAAGUGGAGACAUACACCGAAAUUAAAUUAUCACCAAGCAGGAGUUUCAAUGAAGGGAAGGGAAGUAGUAAGCAUUCAAUGCCACAUAUAGCUGAACAGGCGGGGAUUGAUACAAAAAAAUUAAAAAAGUCAUCAAAAUAUGCUUGUCAUUACUGGAUUAGGUGAUUCACUGAACACUUGCUAUUGUGUUUGUUGUACUACUGUAGCUAACGAGUGACCUUUAUGCUUUGUUUUUUUGAGGUUACUAUUUAUAUUCUUCCAUUAUUUGUUUUAAAGAUGGAACAUGUAAUGAACAUAGUCAUGAAACUGACAUUUGGACAUCUCAGGAGAGAUAAUGGCAUUAGUAUGGUACAUGAGUAGAGAGCCAGAGACCUUUGUCUCAAUUCUCAAAAUAUCAGGUUUGGUACAAACAAUAUCAAUCUUGCAAUCCGACGAGGUGAUGGGAGGCAAUAUUUGGCUUUUAUUUUUAA